CGGCACUACUACCCUGUCUCUCCCCUCCUUUCUCAAUUUCUUCACGCAAAACCCCUCAACCCUCUGCCGCUAAUUCCACCUUCCUUCUCACAUGGAACCAUACCUUACCUUCGCACCAUAGUAACCUAUAUUUCCUCAGAUAUAGACUUCUGUGAUCCGUUGGGUGAUCAAAUGAGCAUCCUUUAGAAAUCCUUUUGGAUUAUGUCUGCUUGGCGUGCUAUGCUCCGCCAAUUUGAUUUAGAAACUAACCCUUUUAGUAUCAUCUCGUUUUUCAAAGCUAUGCAAAUUGGGAUACGGAAUGACUCGGUUCGUGAUCCUUUUGUUUUGUGAAUGCUUCUUUUUUGAUAGCUUGUAAUAAGGCUUUGGGUGUUAAUGCGGAAUGGCAGUGCCGUCUCUGUUUUCACAUUACGGGUAAUUUAUUUCCGACAGUCGAUAUCUUUUCUAAUCAUUUCACGAUUACUGUAAUGAUUGGUUUUGUUUCCCCGUUUGGCUACUAAGAAAAUUUUGGAGGUCAUGCUUCCUUUUUUUUUUUUUAUUGUUUUCAAGGCAAAAUAGGGUUUACCUUGAUAAAUUGUUAGCUAUUCAAGUGGCCUGAGUGAUUGGUUUAAUUGGUUAUUUGUAAGAUAAUUGAAGCUUGGGGCGGGAAAAAACAAGGUUACAUUGGUUUAAAAUCAACUUGGGUGAUGGACUUUGAUGUAAAAAUCAAUUAGCUUUUAUAAUUAUUGGGAUGAAUCCUACUUUGCUUCCUAAACAUGUAGCUGCUGUCCUAAAGUACCAAAAGGACCCCCUCAAAGCACUUGCGAUUUUCAAUUCUGUUAAGAAAGAAGUUGGUUUCAAGCACACGUUGUUAACAUAUAAGUACAUGAUUGAAAAGCUUGGGUUUCAUGGUGAAUUUGAGGCUAUGGAGAAUGUGCUUAUGGAGAUUAGGAUGAAUGUCGAUAAUAGUUUGUUGGAAGGAGUGUAUAUUGUAGCCAUGAGAAGCUAUGGAAGGAAAGGGAAGGUUCAAGAAGCUGUUGAUGUGUUUGAGAGGAUGGACUUCUAUAACUGUGAGCCAACGGUUUUAUCUUAUAAUGCAACCAUGAACUUAUUGGUUGAGCAUGGGUAUUUCAAUCAAGCUCAUAAAGUGUAUUUGAGAAUGAAAGAUGAAGGAAUUGUUCCUGAUGUUUACACAUUUACAGUAAGGAUAAAGUCAUUUUGUAGGACAAAAAGGCCUCAUGUAGCUUUACGGCUUCUUAACAACAUGCCUUCUCAAGGGUGUGAGCCCAAUGCAGUUGUAUAUUGUACAGUGAUUGGUGGGUUUUAUGAAGAAAACUAUCAAGAUGAGGCAUAUGAAUUGUUUAAUAUGAUGCUUAGUUUGGGUAUUUUUCCUGAUAUUGCUACAUUUAAUAAGCUUUUGCAUAUUCUUUGUAAGAAGGGUCAUGUCCAAGAAAGUGAAAAACUGCUCAACAAAGUGCUGAAGAAGGGAGCAUGCCCAAAUUUGUUUACAUUUAAUAUCUUCAUCCAAGGGCUUUGCAGAAAAGGUGCCCUUGAUGGGGCAAUCAGUUUGUUGGAUAGCAUGACCAGGGAAGGCCUAAGUCCUGAUGUUGUCACAUACAACACGUUAAUCUGUGGAUUGUGCAAGAACUCUAAGGUUGUAGAAGCUGUGAAAUAUCUGCAUAAAAUGGUGAAUAAGGGGUUGGAGCCUGAUGGCUUCACUUACAAUACUAUAAUUGAUGGAUAUUGCAAAAUGGGCAUGACACGAGAAGCUGACAAGAUUCUGAAUGAUGCAAUUUUCAAAGGAUUUGUGCUUGAUGAGUUCACAUAUUGUUCACUAAUUAAUGGGUUAUGCCAGGAUGGUGACAUAGACCAUGCCCUGGCUCUUUUCAAUGAGGCUAUGGGGAAAGGAUUAAAGUCUAACAUUCUUCUGUAUAACACACUGAUUAAAGGGUUAUCUCAGCAAGGACUUAUUUUGGAAGCAUUGCAGCUGAUGAAUGACAUGUCAGAAAAAGGUAGCAGCCCAGAUAUAUGGAGUUACAAUAUAGUUAUAAAUGGUUUAUGCAAGAUGGGUGUUGUCUCUGAUGCCAAUAACCUAAUGAAUUAUGCCAUUGCCAAAGGGUAUAUCCCAGACAUUUUUACAUUCAAUACUUUGAUUGAUGGUUACUGUAAACAGUUGAAGUUGGAAAAUGCAAUUGAGAUCCUAAAUAGCAUGUUGGUCCAUGGUGUCACUCCUGAUGUGAUCACAUAUAACUCUGUAUUGAAUGGUCUUUGCAAGGCUGCGAAAUCUGAAGAUGUAAUGGAAACCUUCAAAAUGAUGAUGGAAAAAGGGUGUGUUCCCAACAUUAUCACAUAUAAUAUACUUAUAGAGAGCCUGUGUAAAGCUCGGAAGGUGCAUGAGGCUCUGGACUUACUGGAAGAAAUAAGAAACAAGGGACUGACCCCUGAUACUGUUAGUUUUGGCACAGUGAUAAGUGGUUUUUCCAAUAAUGGGGAUUUGGAUAGAGCCUACCAGCUCUUUAGAAAAAUGGAACAACAAUAUAAGGUUUGUCACACUGUAGUGACCUACAAUAUCAUGAUUAAUGCCUUUUCUGAAAAGCUAGAUAUGCAUAUGGCAGAAAAGCUUUUUCGUGAGAUGGGGGAUAAAGACUGUGCCCCAGACAGUUAUAGUUAUCGUGUCAUGAUUGAUGGGUUCUGUAAAAUAGGAAAUGUUGAUUCUGGAUAUAAUUUUCUCCUGGAAAAGAUUGAGAAAGGGUUCAUUCCAUCACUGACAACAUUUGGACGGGUAAUAAACUGUUUUUGUGUGCAGCAUAGAGUUCAUGAAGCAGUUGGUGUUAUUCGUCUUAUGCUGCGCAAUGGAAUUGUCCCUGAGGCUGUGGAUGCUAUCUUUGAGGCUGAUAAAAAGGCGAUUGCAGCACCUAAGAUUAUCUUGGAAGACUUGUUGAAGAAAAGUCAUAUAACAUAUCAUGCAUACGAACUUCUUUAUGAUGGUAUUAGAGAUAAGAAACUACAAAAGAAAAAAAAAUCUUCCAAGAGGGUCUUAGUUUGAUUGAUGAAAGGGCUCACAAAUCAUGUUCUUGAUUGGGAAUGGGAAGUGUAACUUUCACACGAGUUCUGAUGAAAUUCAAGCAUUUACUGCAAGUUUCAAGUAUAAGAUAGCUAGGAACUCCAGUGGCAGCUGAAAUAAUUUACUGCAGAAGCACAAUGGUAUGCUGGGUCAAUUUUUCUGUUUUUAUGAGAAUUCUUUUUUGUUGCGCUGUGUAUUUUUUCAGUAGGGUACUUUAUUCCUUUUCAGGUGUUUCAAGUGUUGAUAAGGUGCUAAUAUCAAUCAAAUCAUACUUAUUCUUUUUUCAAAGCUCCCCAAUUCUAUUUAGAUUUGGACUUGUUCACAAAAUCAAAUAAAAGAUGGAACUAGUGAAAAAUUGGCUACAGGGCAAAGCAUGGAGUUGAAUUAUGGCUGUAGAACCUCAUGCGUCUUCUCUGUUACCCAUACUUCAUCUAUGUCACAAUGGUCAUGGCAUAUCCAGUAAUAGAUUUGGUGGUCUUUGGUGCAGGGCAUGCUGCCACAAUAUUACUUUGUAUUGGUUAAGCCAACUGUCAUUGCUGCUGUUGCACCAACCUGGGCUGGUCCUGUUCCUAUUGUGUUUGGUCGAGAUUCCAGCAUGGAAACAAGUAUUUAUGAAUUUUAGUACCAUCUUGUUGGAGAAGAACAACUCGCUUUAUCUUUAGUACCAUCUUGUUGGAGAAGAACAACUCGCUUUAUCAAUAUACACAAGUAAAACAUACAGGUAUGGAAUGCUUAGGGGCACCUUAAAAGCCCCUGGUGUGGGUUAGAUGGUGUAUAACAUGCUUGUGUCAACAAUAAGAAGGCAAUUCAAUCCCAAUACAAAUCUCAUGUCUAUGCAAAUCCUGAUAAUUUGACUCCAGAUAUUGUUGAAAGUAAAUAUGCACUAACAUAACAGAAGGGCGCUCGAUAUGCACCUGCUGCUUUCUUGACAGGUCUCCUUUACCCAGUUAAUCUUGAGAAGAGUUUCUUUAACUCUUUGCAGUUUUGGAUGGAAAGCUUCCAGUUCUUGUCAUGUCAACUGAAGGAUCUCCAAAGAGGUCAAAAGCAGAGAUGGAAAGUACUCAAGGAGCCAAAGGUGUCAUCAAAUUUGUUGAGGUUCCAGGCACUCUUCUGCCGCAAGAACGGUAUCCCACUGUGGUUGCUGAGGAGCUUUACCGGUUUUGCAAGAAAAUUUUGAAUUUAAAUAGUUGAUAUUAGUCAUCAAUAUGCACUCCAAAUCCCACAGAAAAUUUUGAUUUUAAUUGUUGAUAUUAGUCAUCAAUAUGCACUCCAAUUUCCACUGAGGUAUGACGAGGGUGCAAUAAAAAAAUGCAUGUUUAUGGAAGUUGUUAGCUCAAGGCCACGCUUGUAGUGAAUGGGACCAAGGCAUUACUUUGUAAAGUGAGAGCUUGAUAAAUAUUGGCUGCCUGUUUUUCAAA